GUCUUCUUUCUCCACGGCUCGGCCCCCCUCCUCCUCCUUCCCUUUCUCUCCCUAAAACCCCUCGCCAGGAGGACACGGCAGGCUGCCUCUUUCUGCCGCUUUCUUUCUCCCCUUCUCUCUCUCUUUCUUCUUCUCUCGUCCCUGCCAACCCAGGGGGCAUGGGUCCCUCUAGACGGCUCCUCGUUCUUGCGGGUCACGGCGUCAGUUCCAGCCCCAGCUCCUCCUCCACUCGUCUGGCCGCGUCGUUCGUCUCUGCUCGACGGUCUGUGACGACAAAGGGCGGGAGCGGGAGUACCUCGCAGACGGUUGCCUCCUCGAGCACGGCUUCGAGCAGCGCCGCAGGAGCAGGGACAGGCGCAGGCGCAGGAGGAGCAGCAGGCGUCGGCACCGCAGCGUCGGGCGGCCGAAGACCACCCAACGACCGGCAGCGUGCCCGGCGAGAGUGGUUCUUUGUCGGUGCCUCGGGCAGCGUCGCCGCCAUUGGGGCCUACUGGUACUGGCUCCGGCCUGACAAAAAGUCACCGUCAUCAUCGGCGCAGCGCUACUUCUCCAGCGCGCACCGCACCACCUUUUCGAUCCCUGUCCGCCAGAUUGACCGGGCGACGGGCACCAUGUCGGUCGGCUCCAAGAUCAUCACCUCGCUCACCGCCGACGAGGUGGACCAGCGGCUGACGGAGCACGAGGUGUCGACGCGCGUCGAGGGCAGCGCCGGGCCAUGCAUCGUCACGCGCUACGACACCAACAGCGUGGCGUCCAACGAGCCCAUCGAGGACAAGCGCGCCGAGGUCAUUGUCGAGCGGGACAACCAGCAGGGCCCGCGGGGAAACCUGAGCUUCUUUGCCAUCAUGGACGGCCAUGCAGGCUACCACACCAGCACGCUCCUCUCCCAGAAGCUCAUUGCAUUCGUCGCCCUCGAGCUGGAAAAGGUUAUUCGUGAGGCGGGCGAGUACGGCCAGAUCGCCCGGGCAAAGGCCGCCAUGCCCUCGAAGCUCUGGCGCAUCCUCUUUGGCGGGCCCGAGUCGUCGUCGUCGUCGUCGUCGUCAUCAUCAGGAAGCGUCAAUGCCGCUGGCUCGGGCCUCGACGGGGACCCCGAGAUUGUCAAGCGGGCUAUCAUCAAGGCCUUCAGGGGCCUGGACAAGGAGAUUGUCAACACGCCCGUCGAGCUGCUCAAGGAGUACGAGCUGUCGAGGAGCUCCAUCUCGAAUAGCAGCAGCAGUGGCAGUGGCAGUGGCAGUGGCGCCGCCCAGCACGGAGGAUCGACGCGGAGCCUGUCGUCGCUCGCCCACAGCAUCUUUCCCGUCUCGCCCUCGUCGUCGAGCAUGGACAGCGUGUCGACGGCGACGAAGCGGAGCGCCUACGAGACGAUGCUGCCUGCGCUGAGCGGCAGCUGUGCCCUCCUCACCUACGUCGACAGUGCCCGGGGCGACAUCUACGUUGCAUGCACUGGCGACAGCCGUGCCGUCGCGGGCUGGUGGGAUGCCGAUGCCCGGCGCUGGCACGUUGAGGCGCUCUCGAAGGACCAGACGGGCCGCAAUGCCGACGAGGCCAAGCGCAUGCGGUCCGAGCACCCCGCCUCGGAGGCCGACCACGUCAUCAUGCGCGGCCGUGUCCUCGGCGGCCUCGAGCCCACGCGCGCGUUUGGCGAUGCACGGUACAAGUGGGACAAGUCGCUGCAGGACCGCCUCUACGACGCCUUUUUGCCGCCUGCCGAGCGCGCCUCGAUCCGCGGCGCACCCCGCCACCUCCUCACGCCGCCCUACGUCACGGCCGAGCCCGUCGUCUCGUGGAAGCGGGUCGAUGCAGGAGCAUCCAAGAGCAGCCGGCAGCUCAAGUUCAUCGUCAUGGCCACCGAUGGUCUGUGGGACAUGAUGUCCAACGAGGAAGUCGUCGGCCUCGUCGCGGCUCAUCUCCAGGGCCAGCGCGGCACCCUCUCGGCCUCGGAGCUGCAGCAGCGCUGCUUUUCCUCUGCGCCGGCUGCACCGUCACUACCUGCCUCGUCUGCACCCGCACCGACGACAGCUGCACCUGCACCGACGGCGCCCUCGUCGCAGUCACAGGAGCACCCGCUCACAAAGGCAAAGGAGUCCCUCUACACGUUCCAGGACGACAACCUGUCGACGCACCUGGUCCGCAACGCACUCGGCGGCGGCAAUCGCGAGCGCGUCGCGGGUCUCCUCGCCAUCCCCGCCCCCGAGAGCAGGCGGUACCGUGACGACAUUACCGUCAAUGUCAUUCUCUUUGACACGGCGCCUGUUAAAGGUGCAGCAGAGGCGGCGGUGGCAGACAGGGACGAGGCACCGCCAAAGGCGAAGCUGUAACUAUUGACAUUUUCUUUCUGUUCUUUCUGAGCAACGACGAUCAUCUCCUGGAAGCCAUCCUCUUCUCUCGCGCGUUGACUUUCUGUCUGAGCCUGCACCGCCCUUCCCCUCUCGUCGAUGGACCGGCCUAAGACACUCGAGGCACGGAAGAGAAUCAUUAUUGACAGCACAACGUGAAGGAGAAGGUAGCGCUACUUUUCAGAAGAAGCUGGCCCAGCAGGACGACGCAGCGGCGGUCGGGGCAGGUAGCCGUUGCUGUCGCGGAGGAGCAUCGACUGGAGGCGGGUCGAAGCCUUGUAGGCGAGAAUGAUGAGAAAGGGGAGCGAAAAGAUAAAGAGCUUGCUGCCGAGGAGCCGAC